AUGUCCACCUCAACAACGGUCCACCUCACCGCAACAUACACCUCCCCGCGCUCAUCCGACCCGCAAACCCUCUCCUCAACCCCUCUAUCCCUCCCUCUGCCCCCCAAUCCAUCGACACCGCUCUCCGUCUCCGACAAAACCGCCUACCUAUCCUCUCUGCGCAGCGCGACAAUUGCUCUGCAAGACCGCAUCAACACCGACUUGACCGUGCGUAUGGAAGAAGACGUCGCCGCCGCCGCCGCUACUGCUCAAGAUUCAGGAUCCGCUACCAAGACAACAGCUAAAAGCAACGAGAUCGACGAGGAGGAGAAUUAUGGCGAAGAGCAGGUAUCCGGAGAUGACGAAUGA